CCGUUGCUAAGCGAUAACGUUGCUAUGGUUACAAUAAUAUUUAUGGAUAAUAAAUGCAUUUGUACAUAACAAAUUGUUAUUUUACAAAACUUUACUUACAAAUCAUUAUAAACUAAGGGAUAUAUAAUGGGCGAAAGAGCUCCAGUAUCGGCGGAGGAUACUCUAGUCCGUUACGAUAAUCCGGUCUUAGUAACUAAAAGACCGGAGAAAGUUAUAUCACCGCGUGCUGGCGCAUCAAUUCAGCCAUGUGUGCCUACAGAAGCUAAAAGAGAAACUGAAGAAAUUCUGAACGCUAUACUUCCUCCUAAAGAGUGGGAGGAAGAUGGUCAGAUAUGGACACAAAAGAUAUCAUCCACACCGGCAACGAGAUUAGACGUGAUAAAUCUUCAAGAAAUGCUGGACACACGUCUCCAACAAAGACAAGCCCGGGAAACCGGUAUCUGUCCAGUGCGAAGACAGCUUUACACGCAGUGCUUCGAUGAGUUAAUUCGACAGGUAACUAUCAACUGUGGUGAAAGAGGGUUACUGCUUUUGAGAGUUCGAGACGAAGCAAGAAUAACCAUGGAAGCAUAUCAGACACUUUACUGUAGUUCCAUAGCAUUUGGCAUGAGAAAGGCUUUGCAGUCGGAGCAAGGAAAGUCCGACCUAAUGGACCAAGUGGCUAAGCUAGAGACAGAACGUUCUGCUCUAGAGAAACAGUGUAUGGAGCUAAAGCAGAAAACCGAACAGCUGGAGAGACGCGCCGCGGAAUUGCGAGCGGCGGAAGAAAAACGCCACCAAGAAGAAUUACUUGCAUUGAAAAAGACCAAUGCUCAAUUAAAGGCGCAAUUAGAGGGCAUUAUUGCUCCGAAGAAAUAGUGUUAUUAAGUCUGUUUCAUUGGGAGGCUUUGUUGCUCUACUCUUAGUUAACUUUAAAUUUCUAUAUAAAUUAUGUUACUAGAAUAUUAAAUGAUAUUAAAUAAAGAAGCUAUAUACAUAAUGGUUCUUUUCAAAUGAUUGUACAAUGUAGUGUUACUAAUUUAA